UGCUUGUAUACAAACAUUUAAAAAAACAGCCUGCCGUAUGUCUCUGUAUAUGAUGGGAACAAACACAAGCGUCAGCGGCCAAAGGGCGAGUAAGAAAUAAAUACUAGACAAUCAACAAAGCAACGGUGCUGGUGGUUUCGUAGUCAUAGCGAUCGUCUGUUUCUACUUGCGUACAAGAUCGGUUGUGUCUUCUGGUUUCUAAUCUUCUAGAAAGUUUCGCCGUAAUCUAAUUGGAGAAAAUGUUCCUGAAUGGUGUUGUUUUGCUGGGCAAAUUAGAAUUACCUUCGGAAAGAGCUUCCUACUGCCGGCUUUGCUUGUCCAAAGACAACCUGCUAGCGUUAGGAUCGGCAACUAGAGAGGCCAAUGGUACUGCGGCUGGAAAGGCCGGGAAUAGUAACGCUCAACUGAUACAGUUGAUUUACGAAUGUACCAAUGUGAAGCUCUCGCUAGUGGACGAACCGGAUUGUACUAUUUGCGAGUGUUGCCAAAGAGCAUUGGUAGAAUUCUAUCGGUUUCGAUCGCAGGCAAUGCGCGUUGAUGAGCUGAUCAAAUCAAAGCUAGGCGAGACGGAAUCAGUCGGUAAAGCAAACCAAACAAACGAUAAAACUGAUCUACUGCGUUCCUCACCACCUAUCGGAGGAAAAACUGUCGAAGAUUCGCAGCACGAUCGCCAAAUUAGCCAAACUGAAGGAUCGACUAAUGAAACCAAAACAAUAAGUGUGCUAGGUAGCACCAUAAAACGAUCACGUGUGAAAGUCUUUAAACCGUUUCUGAAUGGAAGCAGCGGAAAGCACAAAUGUCGCUACUGUCCAAAAUCAUUCAAAACGACUGUCGGGCUUGCGGAGCAUGCCCGAAUGCAUAACCGGCCUCAUCAGUGCCCGAAUUGCCUAGAGCAGUUCCAACACGCACCCUCGCUGGCGAGACAUACCCGAAAUCGAACCUGUUUUACCUUUACCAAGUAUCGCUGUCGUGUCUGUGCGGAAAGCUUCCAGGAGCAAGCUUACUGGGUGGAACAUAUCAAGAUUCAUGCGGAGGACUUCCCAUACCAAUGUCAGGAGUGUCUGUCGCAGUUCAAGCACAAAGCCACGUUGCGUCGCCACGCCAACACGGUCCAUCUGCUGCAGUAUUAGCCUGGAGAGCAUCCUUGGAAAUUUACGAUUCAUGGUGACGAAGUGGAAGCACAAGUGUUCAUUGGUCCGCAGUACCUAUCCGCGUGGUGCAUCAUUUCAUGGUACAAGUUUUCUAAUGGUAAUUUUAGAUGGACGAAUUCCAAUUGCUUGAGUAUUUUGAUGUGAUUUAUUUUAUAUAAGAAAUAGGUAAAUAAAGCACAAUAAAU